GGUAAAUAUAAACGCGUGUUUGCGAUUGGCACAAAGGGAGUGAUGACGCGCAAUGGUUCCACACUGCAGGUGACCAAUGCGUGGGCGUAUGAGGAGAAUAUCGACACGGCAGCCGAGUUGUUUUCAGAUAUUGCACCGUCCAGCAAAGUGAGCGACGAGUUUAUCAUCACGCUGAGAAAGGGCAGGAAGACGACACAGAUGACCUUCAGCAGUGAGCAUCGAGCACACAUACUGACGGAGGCGAACAAGCACAGGAACAAGUUUGUCAUGGAUUCCAAGUCCAAGCGCGACAUUCCCCCGGUAUAUCGUGCCAAAAAGUGGAGAUGGAGUGAGGCACGCGUGGAUGUUCUGCUAAGUGUGGGGCCGGCAGGGCUUAUGCAAAUGGAUGCGCAAACACAGAAGGUACUAGCCACCUACUACUACAAGGAUAUCAAAGAGAUCAUACAGCCGGCAGAUACUCCGGGUGGCAUGGCUGUUUCGUAUGGCACGCAGGGCCGUUUGCACUUCUUCAUAUGCGAUAAGAAAGACGAAUUGCUGGCUCAGAUACGCGAAAAAGCGGUCACGAAUAUUGGCGUGGUGGUGAGAGCGAAAGGAGGCGACACAUGGACGCUCAAGCACCUGCUGCCCAAUCUGCUGGGAUCGUGCAGCAGUGAGGAGUGCAUCAUCUCACUGAGCGAGUUCACAGUCAAGAAGCACUCCAAACGCCACGCGACUCUUGUCAACCGCACCCUUUGUUUGACGGAGAAGUGUGUGGUAGAGAGAGAUCCAGCGUCGUACAACGUCGCAUCUGCGUGGCUGUUUGCUACGUUGGAUGCUCGAGAUGUGGGAGCACGACAGACUUGA